UUGGCAGGCAGUUCCUAAGAUGUUAUGCGUGACCCUUGCAUUUCAGCUCUUGAUGAAAGAUAAAUGCCCGACUAUCGUCCAUGUCCCAUCAACGACGUCUGAUGAAGCCCGGCGAACCCUAUUAACAAACAGAACUGCAAUAUGCCGCCCGUAUUUGAAGACCCUUGGCCAAAGGAGAGAGUCAACAAUUCACUUCAACUUGCCGCAGCAAACCAUAUCCAGCUCAUUGAGAUUUUCCUGAAACUCAUACCGCACUUCAAACAUGAUAAUGCUGGCGGUAUUCACGAUGAAGCUCUAGCUUAUUCAGAGUGGCGCUAUGUGAAUUACAUCCGCUACCUGCGCAGAACUGGUGUUGCGCCGCAUGACUAUCCACCCCCUUGGGAUGUUGCCAUCAUAUGGUACUGCCAUCUCCUAUCGCCAGGCAAAUUCCACCGGUAUCUUUGGGAUGGAGGGUAUCGCGACUACGGCUUAAACCAUCAUCACUUCCCAGUGAAGCGCCUACUAGACCUCUAUAACUCUGGCACAUGGUCCGACAAAAAGGCCCAGAAGAAAUGGGGGCUCUAUAAUAUGAGAGAUGACAGUCACAAGCUGCCUUUCCAACUGUGGCGGUACCCGCCAUGGCAACCCGAGCGAAAGUCGAAGCUGCUGUCACGUUUUUCGAACAAGCAACCGUGUAUGCAUAUCAAAGCUGACCCGGCGAUCAUGAUGCACGAUGUUGACCAGCUAGCCUAUUGUACCAUUAUGGGGAAGAGAGAAUGGAAAUUGUCCGAGUGGACGGAUUUGAGGAUCGGGAAGAGACAAGACGUCUGUCUCAAGCACAACCUACACAGCCGGGACGGAGAAUUGUGUCAGUUGACACCCUGGCCCACUCUCGACGACCUGCGAGAGACCUUGAACAGUCAGAUUCCAUUUUGGAAGACGGUCAUUCAAGCAAAAGAGGGCGAUGCUUCGUUUGCCGCGAGUCUCGGCCGCUCAAUUGGCGAUUACGAACAGUUCAUCAAGUUGCUUGGAAGGCCUGCCGCAGGAACCUUCACCUCACGCCCAGUGGAAUACGACAUGGACACAAUCUUUCGGUCCAAGUCAGGAACCCACCUGUUGAGAAGCCACUGCAUUGUACCCCCAACCUUAGCUAUCGAUCUUCUUUGGCAUACACAUCGGCUUUACCCAGGCUCUUACUGGGUGUGGAGCUUUAGCGUCGCCAGGAGGCUCAUUGACUAUGAGCAUGUCACGUCGGCCGCUGCAGCACAACUAUUUUUGCACGACACGAGGAACGAAUGGGCGAAGAAUUAUAGCAAGGACUGUCCCAAAGAUCCCGUCAUGGAUAAUUUGGGAGGAGACGGCUACGUUCCCGAUGCGGCAGCUGUUCAACCUGGUCAUCCUGCCAAAAUCAAGGCAAAGUUCGUGCUCGGUGGUACUAAUCCUAUCAGGAAGAGAAAGAGACGCACAAAGGGCGAGUAUUUCGUCUUCGACGGAGUCUAUGUCUCUUUCGAUAGUGGUGAUUGCGGUGGAGGGGAUGGUGGCGGCGGUGGCGGCGGCGGCGGCGGGGACGGAGGAUGCGGCGGUGACGGCGGUGGUGGAGGAGGUGGAGGUGGCGAUGGAGGAUAA